GUACGCUACUGCCACAGCCUGCUUGCACUGCUGGUACCCGUAACGUGCUGGUCGAUAUACCAUGUCUUCGGGCGACAGCAAUGGGUUGCAGCAGGUGUCGAAAAUCGUCAACUCGUUCUUCAACAAGCCGGAGACACUUGCCUUUCGAGAGCCGGUCAACCCAAAAGCGAUGGGCAUCCCCGAUUACCCCCAGAUCGUCAAGAAUCCCAUGGACCUUGGCACGGUGAGGACAAAGCUGGAAGAGGGCCGGUACGAGCGCGCGGAAGACGUCGCACGAGACGUUCGCUUGAUCUGGUCUAACUGCAUCCUCUACAACUCGCCAGGAUCUGAGUUCGGCCUCCUCGCGGCGGGCCUCGCGAAAAAGUUCGAGGAGAGAUUUUCCAGGGUUAAGACCGCGGAGAAGGAGCGAGACAGAAAACCCAGCGCCAAGUCGGAGCCGGUCAACACGAAAGCACCGACCUUGGAUGAGAAGGUCCGCUUCACGUACGACCUCUACCGGACAACCAAGGUCGACGUAGGGCAGGUGAUGGAGCAGGUCGACGCGCGGUGUCCGCAAGCGCUCAAGUCGCCGGCAGAUGACGAGGUGGAGCUGAACGUGGAUAUGUUGGACCCCCUGACGUUUCGGUUCGUGGAACGAUUACUACGACAAUCCCUGCAAGGAAACGCUUCUGCUACUUCCAACAACUCCGCGGGAACGACAGCAGCGUCAGCCUCUAGCACGUCUUCCUCCACCAGCAAGUCCAAGUCGGGCGGUGGUGGCGGUGGCGGCGGCAGCAGCGGCGGCAGCAGCGGCCCAAAAAAGCGGAAAAACUCAGAUGGGGAAACGCGACCAAAAAAGCAACGCGCUUAA